CAUUAUUUUGCUUGCCGAGAACGCGAAGCGGUUCAUUGCCUAAACGACGAAAGACGCACCCCCACUUCACACCGACAAGGUUGUCGUAAAAGCGUCGUUAAAGAGCCGAAAGGGUGUCGUUCAGUUCGUAAUGUAAUUAUCGGAGCACUUCCUCCCACCACCAUUCACGUUAAGGGCAGUCCGAUUGAGCUUUUCACCUUUCAUAGUUCCGUCCAUUUCCGAUCCGAUCGAGAGAGAGGGGAGAAAAUAAAUUCAGUAAGACAUCAAUUUAUCUGGAAAAAGCGAAACAUGGUAUGGGAUCGAACUUCGGUUUAUCACUCUAGUUUUGUGGAUGAAGAGGGUAUUACUAAUGCUUGUGGGUGCCCUCUACUCCCUCUGAAAAGCCAUAUAAAGGGUCCUGCUCCAGCUUCUGAUCAAGAUAGAACUGAUAUUGUCGAUGAAGCAAUCACAUUCUUUCGCGCCAAUGUUUUCUUCCGAAACUUUGAUAUUAAGAGCUCCGCGGAUAAGCUUCUCAUCUAUUUGACAUUAUACAUUAAUGUGGCUUUGAAGAGGCUCGGAGGUUGCAGAACUUUGGCUGAAGGAACCAAGGCAAUCAUCAACUUGGGUUUGGAAAAGGUUCCGGUCCCUGGGGAGUCUGGUUUUCCUUUUCCAGGCCUUUUUCCCCUUCCUCAGUCUCAAAAGGAAGCAGAGCUGCUGAGGAAUUAUUUGAAGCAGAUAAGGGAGGAAACAAGUGGGAGAUUAUUGAGUGUUGCAUAUAGACCUAAUGGUACUCCAAAUAAAUGGUGGUUGGCUUUUGCCAAAAGGAAAUUCAUGAAUAUCAUUGUACCAUGAACAUCAAUUUGGUGAAUCGUGAACAAUACCUGUGAAGUUGAUCUGUCAUAGGAAUCGCACGAGCUAAUCAGGGAGCACGCUUGCUUCUUGUGAGCUCAGUAUAAAAUGAGUGAGGUCUUAGUUACUCCCUUGUUGCCUUCUUUUUCUUUGAAGAAUCUUGAACCAAGUAAUUGAACUAGGGGAUUAUGCACCCUUGUGCAAUAUUAGUAUAUUACAGUUGUGUAAAGAACCAGCUUCUUUAUUCUAUUCUUCUUUUUCUUUCUUUUCUACCUCAAAGGCCACUCUUUGGUAUAAUUGCUUUGGCCUUAUUGAGUUGAUGACCUGUUGUCUCCCUGUUCCUUGAAACUGAGUGAGUGAUAUUGUGGAAAUUAUUUCUGGCACAA